AUGAUCUCAAGGCCGGUGAAGUUGCCUGCAGUUGCCGUCGGCCGCCAACGGGCUACGAUGGUAACCUGGACGUUAUAUUUGAGGAUGCCAAAUGUGACCGAUGGCAUCGAGUUAGUCGCCAAAGCUAACUUGCUUGCUGAUGAUCCUGGACCACAUCGAGCCGAGUAA